UUGACCACCCGAAACAAAGUCGCUGCAAGCCUGCGACCGCCGGAGCCGCUCGCCGAUGCCGAGUUUCUGAAAAAGCUGGAGCUUCGACAGGAGAACUCACGUCCGAACAGCGGUCGACAAUCUCCGUCGGCAGCAUGCCUGAAAGCCGGAAUUCUGGCAAGGCUGCCUUACGCCUCGUCCGAGCAUCCACCGCAUGCCGCCGGACGCAACACAAACACACACAUCCACAACGACCAAAAUACGACAAUUGACCGAUGCCGGGAUCCCAAAGGUUGUCCGACCGUGGCGGCGCCACCACUUGCCCUCGAACAUGCAGCCCGGCGCUUGGGAGAGAAGACAUACGAUGGGAGUGAGCUGAUGAAAGAAGGCGGACGGAGAGAAGACACGGCGGCGGAUGAUGAAGGCUGUGGUAGCGGGCGACGGACGGCGAGCGUCGGGAGUCGGCUGAUGGCGGCGGCGUUGCCGGCGGCGGAUUGCGGACUUCGCGGCAGAGACGACGGAAAAUGGGCGUCGGCGGUCCACCGGCAGAUAUGUUGA